AUGGCGCCAGCUCCCAAUGUCCCCGCCAAGCUUGAGGCCGUGACCUCGGCACCAACAAUCGAGUUUCUCCAGCGACGAAACCAAGUCCUUCAGCGCCGCGAACAGGAACCAUACGAAUUUCUCCGAGUUAUUGGCACACACGUCUUCUGUUUGGGUUUUGUGGUCUGCGUGGCUCUCGGGCCAGCAUAUUUCAUAUACCGCAAGAACAAAAAGAAGAUGGUGCCGGCAUCACAGCAGCAAGAUGAUGAGGAUACAGCUUGUAUUCAUGUGAGAAAGAACGAACUUUUCGAUAUCAAGGGUCGAUAUGUAUUUGGUCGGCGUUUAUUGGCAAUUUUGGAACGCAUGAAUACAGGCGCAUUACUCGGGGUUAUACUUGCUGGUCAGAAUAUGAAUAUCUCAAUAAAUUCCGGUUCUUCAUGA